CUCGCGGACCUCUGCAGCAGAUCAAACACGUGAUAAUCCCGCGAGACCGCAGCGAUUCUCGAUGAAGAACUAUUCAGCAGUGAAAGUCAAAGGCGAUGGCCGUGGCCCUAGAAAGAAGGCCAAAGACCAAAACGCCAUCGUGCAGCUUCCGAGCAAGGUCAUCCCUGCACUGCUAUUCUUAGUAAAGAAAAGAACCUUUGACCCGCACCAACAUGGCUCUGGCCCUAUGAAAGUCCUCGCCCCUCCUUAUCGACCACUAAAAAGAAUCGCUCCCUUCUUUUUGUUCCGCACAAUUGUCAGUCCCAUCAUCUCUCACAGCAACCUUAUCUCCCUGCACUUCUCUUUUUCCCCCUUUUCGCCCCGGGGGGAAGGAAAAAGUGGCGCAUCAAUCCUUCGUCGUGUUCCUGCCAGACCCGAAGAGCUGCGGCGGUAUAGAUCAUUGAAAUAGCUAAGCAUCACAAAGCACAUGGUUGAAGGAUCACAAGAAUCUCCGUCUCCAAAGCGGUUGUCGUCGCCGUUGCCGUUGCCGGACACGGUCCUUCCGUGGGUUAUGAGCCGAAGGAGGACAUGGGUGCUUCUCUUCUUGAUAGUAAACGUCGUUCUCUGCUGCUGUGUAUUGAACUUGGAGAAUCUCAUCUUCUCUUGGUAUAGAUGCCAGCAAUCAUCGUCUUGGUGGACCGCUCUGGAAGCGUCGGCCCUUCUCGGGGCGGCUUUCUGGGCGCUGUCGACCGCGGCCGCUCUCACCGUGGCCGUGCCGGCGAUUGCAGUGGCUUGGAUAACCGUCGUUGUAGGCUUGGCCUUCUCCGGGAAGUCCCAAAGGACUUUGCUCGUCGAAGGCAGGAAGGCGAGCAGAGAGAUCGCCUGGUGUAUCUGCAAAAACUCGUUCAAGGAAGGUAGAGUCGUGGGCGUGGUUUGUGCCGUUUUAGGUUUUUUUGCACUUUUCAAGAAGGGUUAAAGUGCUAGGGCUUGAGAGAGGAGAAAAUUCACUUUCAGAUGCUCAGUAUGUUAUCCAGAUUAAAUUUCUUCUCUGUAUAAAUGAUUUCGAUAUGGUAACCUCUAAGUGUACGCAACCGUAGUGUCGAGGUUAUGUAACUUCUUCUUCUUCUUUUUUGUGAGAUCAAAUGUAAGAUCUCAUUAUUACGUGAUUGACUUGAUUUCAUAAAAUGAGUUUUCAAUACAAUGAUGUUUCGCAUGGGGAAGUGUUA